UUCUCACAGCGGAUGGUGCAGUUUUGCGGACCUAACAGACCAGAGUGGGCGCUAACAAUGCUUCUAAUCGUGGAAAAAUAACUCAUUUUAAAAUUUACAAUAGAUAUCAAAGUCUCAGAUUAGGUUACCAAGGACGCGUAAAUUCUUGGCACCGUGCGUAAAAAACGCGGAACUGUUUGGAUAAUAUACACACAGCAACAACCGGACUUUUUUAUUUUUAUUUUUUUCAUUUCUUGAGGCCAGAUUUUUGUAGGCAUGAACUGGUACUUAGAAACACACCAGAGGUGAGCUACAGUGUUACAGUGCCGCUCCCUCAUUCAGCACCGGGUGAUGGAUAGCUCACCGACUCAGCGCGCGGACAGGCGGCUCUAGGAGCGCGGAAACAGAAAGGUGCUCGCUCUCAUCCGGUCUUUAUCGGGACUCAAAGUGACAAGAGGCGACGUCGAUGUUGAGCUUCAGUAAAGUUAUUCAGCCAGCGUACCGUCAUACCCACUCCCCGCCCACAGAUAUAUAAACGCUGUAGUAACAGUAGUGGCGGUGAAGUUGUCCUGAAAUGCCUCCCAGCUGCGAAGAUGACAGAUUUUGCUCACACAUCACGGUUUCAAGGUAACGUUUUGACAGUGGACGGAAACGCCUCCGUGCUCUCCGGUGAAGUUGGACUCGUUACUGCCAGAGUACAAAAUGGGACACAACCACCUGUUCUCUGUCGGGACGGCUAUUCUCUGCUCGCUCCUCCUGUGCCUGUCAGCUCUUUGUGACGAGAAGACCCACUCGCACGCUGAGGAUGAUCUCUUCAAGACGCUGUUCGUUGGUUACAACAAGUGGUCCAGACCCGUGCCAAACAUCUCCGAUGUGGUCAUCGUCAAGUUUGGACUGUCCAUAGCGCAGCUCAUCGACGUGGAUGAGAAGAACCAAAUGAUGACAACCAAUGUGUGGCUGAAACAGGAGUGGAAUGACUACAAACUUCGCUGGAGACCGUCUGACUAUGACAAUGUGACGUCCAUCAGAGUCCCGUCGGAGCUCAUAUGGGUACCCGACAUCGUCCUCUACAACAACGCUGACGGUGAGUUUGCUGUGACCCACAUGACGAAAGCUCACCUAUUCCACACUGGUAAAGUUCGCUGGGUCCCUCCUGCCAUUUAUAAGAGCUCCUGCAGCAUCGACGUCACCUUUUUCCCCUUUGAUCAGCAGAACUGCAAGAUGAAAUUUGGCUCCUGGACAUAUGACAAGGCCAAGAUCGAUCUGGAGCGGAUUGAAAACACUGUGGACCUGAACAACUACUGGGAGAGCGGUGAAUGGGCCAUCAUCAAUGCCGUGGGAACAUAUAACACAAAGAAAUACGACUGCUGCCACGAGAUCUACCCAGACAUCACCUACUUCUUCAUCAUUCGAAGGCUUCCGUUGUUUUACACCAUCAACCUCAUCAUCCCCUGUUUGCUCAUCUCUUGCCUCACUGUUUUAGUUUUCUAUCUGCCCUCAGACUGUGGUGAGAAGAUCACCCUGUGCAUCUCCGUGCUGCUGUCCCUCACUGUUUUCCUUCUCCUCAUCACAGAGAUCAUACCGUCCACGUCCCUCGUUAUCCCACUCAUCGGCGAGUACCUCCUCUUCACUAUGAUUUUUGUCACCCUCUCCAUCGUCAUCACCGUGUUUGUGCUCAACGUGCACCAUCGGUCUCCCAGCACUCACAAGAUGCCCCGCUGGGUCCACUCCGUGUUCCUGGACCUGAUCCCGCGCUGGCUGUUCAUGCGACGGCCUGCGCCAGAUGGCCGGCGUCGCAGGCUGUUGCUGCUCCAGCAGGCAGCUGUGGCUGAGCAGCGGCAGGGCCGGAUAGCCACGUACAAGUCUGACUGCCUCAGCACCUCAGCUAACUGGUUAAGAGAUGGGGCCACAUCAGACGACCCAGAGAGAAGCAGUUACGAGGAUUUAGAGCUGGGGACACUGACGUCGUAUUUCUCCUUCCGUCCUCCUUCGCCCAGACCUCCAGGGUCGACUCCUCCUCCACAACAGAAAACCCCACAGAACAGCCAGAACCGUCAGGAGGGGGCUGCAGUGGCAAACAGACAGUUAACGGGGCCCAGGGUCAAUCCCACUCAGAGGCCAGCUAAAGCUGAUAAUAAAGUAUCAGACUCAACAUUCCUGCUUUCACCAAGUGUUAUACGCGCUCUGGAAGGGGUGCACUACAUCGCAGACCAUCUGAGGGCCGAGGAUGCUGACUUCAGCGUCAAAGAGGAUUGGAAGUAUGUCGCCAUGGUGAUUGACCGCAUCUUCCUGUGGAUGUUCAUUAUUGUGUGCCUGCUUGGGACCAUUGGCCUAUUCCUACCCCCUUGGCUAGCUGGCAUGAUAUAGCUCUGGUGAGAAAGUAAUCACCACUAGUUAGUGAAGUUCAAAACGUAGCUGAACUCUUACUUCAAGACUGGGAAUGUGACGCGUAACAUGCUACAUUAGCGGCCUCAUGAGGCUAUAACGCUAAACCAAAUUAAUAAUGUUACUUAGGUUGACCUCAAUGCUAACAUUAGCAUGCUAACAUGCCCAGACUUUUAUUGGGAACUGUUUACUUAUGUUAGCAUCCUGAUGUUUAGCCCCUAAGAUUUGGCAUGUUAGAAUGCUAAGAAAUGAUAGUAUGUUAUAGUAAUAUGACUACUUUUUUCUGUAGUUUGAGGAAUUGCAGUUUCAACUUCAAUAACGUUUGCAGACCAAAGUACUUAGAAGUACCUAUACCUCAUAUCUAGGAUAUAUAGAAUGAGCUGAGUAACUAGUGUUUAGUUACAGUGCUAGUACAUUAAUGUGGUUACAUUUUCAAUUACCAAUAACAAAUCAAUUUGAUUACAUUUUUCAAGUAACUUGCCAAACAUUAGUCCGCAGCAUUAGUCUAAAAAUACUGAUGCUGACAGGAAUUAUUUCAGUACUUUGAGGUAUCCAGUCAUGAGCUGAAGUAGAUCCGUUGGUUGUGCCCAUUCAAGGGCAUUGUAAUGGAGCCAUCAAAGUUAUUAGGAUUCAUCUUCUGGGGAAAGUUAAUGUACCAAAUUUCUUGGCAAUCCAUCCAAGUUGUUAGUGUCAUUCAAAUGACACAGUGACACAAACUGAAACUUCGUCCCACCUAUAAUGGGAUGGCUUUUCUCAACCUUUAAGUGGCAUGCUGUGCUAUAGUAUACUGGACACACUAAAUGGGGUCAUGUGUGCUCAAAUUUCCUUUUGUUUGUUUUUUUUAAAGUUUUCUGGCCAUGCUGCCAUGAUUACGCUUAUUUUGGAAUGAUCAUACUAUGUAAUAAAUACCCUCAUGAAAACC